AUGGCARUUUCCAAUCUAUAACCUCUGUGAUCUGUGCAUUUAGUCUGAGCGUCUGAGCCAUAGAGAAAGUAAAAUAAGUUAUUUUACUCUGAUUUUACUUACUCUAUGCCCUGAGCCUCUCGUGAUCUACGAACCUGUCUACCUGYAGAUUUGUUGUUUAUUUUUAUCUAAUUUAUAAACAAUGGGCGAUAGCGUUGAAAUGUUGCAUGUAGCAAAGGUAAAUGAAAYGUUUCUACGGGAUUUUAUUCAGAUAUACCGAGAGAACCGAGUUCUCUGGGACAAAACCCAUCCCAACUAUAAGAGCAGAUCUCAUCGAGACGCAGCCUUGGAGUCCUUGAUUAACAAGUCCAUGCAGUACUUUCCCGAGGCGGAUUUGGACUUCGUCAGGUCCAAAAUCUGCAAUUUGCGAAGUACAUUUUGGCGAGAAUACAAAAAGGUGCAGGAGUCUAAGAAGAAGUGUCAGAAUCAAGAGGACGUAUAUGCUCCAACGCUUUGGUACUACAAUUUGUUGCUGUAUAUUGCAGGCGAAGACGAGGUGAAACUGGAGCCCGACAGAAACGACCCAAUUCAGGUGUCCUUUUGGUCCAAGCACCACACGGUGCUUUUGAUUGAGCUGCUCAGAAAGCACCCCCUGUUGUACUCUCGGGCCCCGGAAUCCAUGGGUUUGAAGUCCAAACGACUGGCUGCCUAUAAAAGCAUUACCAGGGAUCUAAAUGCCGAGGUAGGGCGGCAUUUCAACAUGCACGAGGUGAAGAUCAAAACCAACACGUUAAAGCUACAAUUUAGGCGUGAGUUGCGAGAACAGCAAUCCAAGACGUCCAAAAAAAGCUCUAAAUUAUGGUGCUAUGACCUGCUAAGCUUCCUGGAGGAAUCCGAACAAAAUGGGAGGGAGGACGACCCCAAGGAAGAUCAACAAGCUUCAGAUGGUGAAGGAGAUAUUGUGGAAACUUUAUCAAAUGAGGCCGAAACUGGGGUGGAUAAGAAAACUGAAGGGCUUGAUGAUCUGUUUGACACAAUCGGUAAAACCGUCGCAGUGAAAUUAAGAGACAUGAGCGACGAGCAGAGGUGCUAUGCGGAGAACCUCAUCAAUGAAAUCAUGUACAAUGGCUUAAUGCAGAAGUUGGGUCCCUGCGCCAAGAUUAGCUUCACUGAAGAUUAAGGUCAGCAAAAGAAAGAUUCUACUUAAUUUCAAACCGUACAUUAUUGCUUUAAUUUGUACAAAGGAAAGGUUUGCGUAAUUAAAAACGAGAAAAUGGAA